AUGGUGGAUCAAAUGGAAAAUCGGGUUUAUGUACAAAUGGAGAAGGACGCACAAACAUCAUUAGAUCGGCAAUUUUUGUUCGUAUGCCAGCUGGCCGAUGCUAAAGAUGAAAAGGAGAAGGGUGAUCUAGCUGCUAUUCGUCGUCAUCCCAUCAAUCCUACCACAGAAUUGGGCUAUGGGCUUCCACCGGAAACAGAGAGACAACUGCCAUUUUUGAUGCACAAUGGUUUAGAGCCAGUGAAGGGCGUAACCCGUAAUGGCGCGACCAUCGCCAUGUCAGAAGGUGGAGGAGGUCGGAUUCCCGACGAGUAUCCUACUGUUCCAAAACUUGUGCCUUCCACAACUCCUCGAAAUCCCUUCCUCCCAGCACCUCCGCCUCCCACUCCAGCCAGCCCAAUCAUCCCCGCUCGCGACGUGCCCCGCCCUGCUUCCGAAUUCUUCGACAAACAAGCUAUGGUCACUCAGCGGCCCAUUGAGCCAGUGAAGAACCUCUUUACCUUAAAAACACCCGUAGAAAUAGAACGCCACACCACAAGUGCCAUCCCGUUGAUCCCAGCUUUACCCGGGACAACAGUAAGCCCCAUUGUGGGUGUUGGGUACGUGCUCCCUGAGACAGUGUUAGCUCGAAACGAAAUUGACAUGAAUGUUGGCCCUGGUCAAAUGAUUUACAGAGGUAAAGCCACAGAGAUACCCGCAUUUCCGUGGCACAGACCCAUUCCUGAAUCAGCCAGAAUGGCCACAUCAAAAGCGCAGGAUAUUGUUAUCAAAGCUCCACCCACAGAAGAAAAGGACAAGAAAGUGAGAGUUGGUUCUAGAGGAGGUGCCAAGGUUUUUAUUGAAGAACCACCAAGGGUAGGUGUUGAAUUUCGAACCGAUAGUGGGAGCAAAAUCUCUACGGGGCUGAAAGAUGUGGCACCCGAUCGACUUGUGUCCACCCAGGAGUACUUAGCACCAUCUCCAGAAAUGUCUCUGGAGAUACAGCAUGGUUUGGGACCUUAUGCACCAACUGUUACCGCCCCUGUAAAAAUCGGCGACAAUAUCACUUUGGUGGUACGAUCGAAGAGUCAAAUGAAAGUGAUUGGAGCAUGCAAAAAAGCUUUUGAAAAUCCUGUACGGCUAGAAUAUCAGUGGUUUGAGCAGCAUAAUUGUAUUAAGGAAAUCUGUACUUCAUCACGUCGUUUUUCGCGAGAAGUUUCAUCUCAAAAUGAUUUGCGUCUGUUCGAUAGUGUUAAGGUAGAGCUUGAUGAGCAGUAUGAGGCUCAACGAAGAGCAGCAGAGCUGGAUGAUGACAUCUGCUUGUCUAAAUCGCUCUCUGGUAUCGUGGCUGUCCUCUUCGCCACCGUAUUGGUAGCUUUCAUUAGCUCAUCGUUUCUUGCCAUGUCUUUCUACUUGAGACUUUCUGAUCGGACGAAACAAACUAUCUAUGCACAUUGA